AUGCGACCCGCGUACAAUAUCCAAGUGCAGAGGAGGGUAUCAAAUGGUGAGGAAGAUGAUGACUUACUUGUCAUUGGAAUUGACUUUGGGACGACUUACUCUGGGGUAGCUUGGGCUACGACUGAAGAAUUCGAAAACGACCACAUCAACAUCAUCACCACCUGGCCUGGUAAGGGUCCUGAAGAAGGCAAAGCCCCAACAGAGCUUUACUACGAAGACGAAACGAUGAUGUGGGGAUAUGAUAUACCUGAUGAUGCAGACCCAAUCCGCUGGUUCAAACUACUCCUCCUCAAAGACGAAGAUCUUGGCCCUGAACUUUGCGCAUCUGAAUUCAUCUUGCGAGGCAAGAGAAUGUUGAGAGACUCUGGGAAGACUGCCAUUGCGCUUGUGGCGGAUUUUCUGCGGGCACUCUUCAAUCACACGAUGUAUACCAUUACUAAGGCGAGAGGGAAAGAAGUCGUCGACGCCAUGAGACUGCACAUAGUCAUCACAGUACCUGCCAUCUGGAAGGGUUAUGCGAGGCAGGCAAUGGAGACAGCCGCGGAGCAGGCAGGAAUUCUCUAUUCACGGGCGGCAGGAGAAACUAAAUUGACUCUGGCACCUGAGCCCGAAGCCGCGGCUCUGUCAACUUUGAGCGAGCCAGGCCGAAAGGUGAGCAAGAACGAUGUGUACAUCAUUUGCGAUGCUGGUGGUGGUACAGUGGAUCUCAUCAGCUACCAAAUCGAUCAGACCAAACCCAUAUCGAUGCAAGAAGCAGUGGAAGGAACAGGUAGCCUUUGUGGUGGUAUCUUCAUUGACGAAGCCUUUGAGAGAGCAUGCAAAGCUCGCUUGGGCUCAAGAUGGAACCAUCUGAGUGACACUGGGAAGAAGAGAAUCAUGAAAAAUGAGUGGGAGGCACUCAUCAAACCAACUUUCGUACCCAAUCUUACCCAUCGAGAAUACAUUGUUGAAAUACCAGCCGAAGCUUUCAGCGAGUCCAAUCUCAACGACUUCUGCAAGGAGCCAAUCAUCAAGAAUGGAAGGAUUCAUUUCAAGGAAGCCUUCAUAGACUCUUUUGAAGGGAUUGAUGAGCUGGUUGCGAGGCAGAUCAGAAUGGCGACGAGGUCUGGCUUGACAAUUACCGGAAUCAUUCUUGUCGGAGGAUUAGGCGCCAGUCCAUACCUGUAUGACCAUCUCAAGGAGCAGCAUGGGAUGAAAGUCCUGCAGUCGGGGGGUAUACAGCCAAGAACCGCAAUCUGCAGAGGCGCAGUCCAUAAGGGAUUUCUUGAUGGCUACCGAGCUGAAUAUCAAACCCUUAUUAAACGUCCUGAUUACAGAACUAAGGUGCCUACUAUCCAGGUGACCUCGACAGUAUCAAGAUCAAGCUACGGAGUUACUUACCGAGCGGAGUUUGAUCGGGAGAAGCACCUUCAAGAAGACAAAGAGUACGAUGUCUACUUGGGGGUCUGGAGAGCCAAGAAUCAAAUGCACUGGUACCUGAGAAAAGGCGAAAUUGUUUCUCAGAAGGUACCAGUACGAUUCACCUAUUAUGAGAUUUAUAAAGAAGACGUCGGAGGUCAUUUUUCUGUUGGCAUCUGCGAAUGCGAUGCGGCGGAAGUGCCAGAUCGGCGCACAUUUCAGGUCAAUGACUUUUGCUACAUUGAUUGCAAGCUCGACGCUCCGUUUUCCAGUUUGCCUGACAUCAUGACUAUUGAUGGUACGAUGGCUAAGAAGAUGACUUAUGUGGUAGAGAUGAUACCAUCGGGGGCAUCUGUGGAGUUUACUGUCUAUAUCGAUGAUAUUUCUCAGUUCCAGAAGCUUCGCAUGUAA